UGCUGCGCGGGGCGGGGCGGGGCCGGCGGUGGCGCUGGGGGCGGCGGGGCCAUGGCGGGCUGCGUGCGGCUGAGCGCCGCCGGGAUGCCCCUGCUGGGGCUGGGCACCUGGAAGGCCCCCCCAGGUAAGGUGGGAGCUGCGGUGAUGGCUGCCAUUGACGCUGGGUACCGCCACUUUGACUGUGCCUACGUGUACCAGAAUGAGAAGGAGAUUGGGGAUGGCAUCCAGCAGAAAAUCAAGGAAGGUGUUGUGAAACGAGAGGACCUCUUCAUCGUCAGUAAGCUGUGGUGUACGUUUCACGACAAACCUCUGGUGAAGGGAGCCUGCCAGAAGACUCUUGCUGACCUGAAACUGGAUUACCUGGAUCUCUACCUCAUGCACUGGCCUUUUGGGUUCAAGGCAGGAGAGGAGCUGUUUCCCACAGAUGACAAAGGCAUGUCUAUACCCAGCAACACAGAUUUUCUACAUACGUGGGAGGCCAUGGAAGAGCUGGUGGAUGCUGGUCUGGUAAAAGCCAUUGGAAUCUCCAACUUUAAUCGUGAGCAGACUGAAAGAAUCUUGAAUAAGCCAGGACUGAAGCACAAGCCUGCAAAUAACCAGUUUGAAUGUCAUCCAUACCUCACCCAGGAGAAGCUGAUCAAGUACUGUCAAUCCAAAGGGAUUGCUGUGACAGCAUACAGUCCACUCGGUUCACCUGACAGACCAUGGGCUAAGCCAGAGGAUCCUUCCCUUCUGGAUGACCCCAAGAUCAAAGAGAUUGCAGCCAAGCACAACAAAACACCAGCACAGGUUCUCAUUCGGUUCCACAUCCAAAGAAAUGUGAUUGUGAUUCCCAAGUCUGUCACACCACAACGCAUUGUGGAGAACUUCAAGGUGUUUGACUUUGAAUUGACUAAAGAGGAGAUGGCGACUAUUCUCAGCUUUAAUAGAAACUGGAGGGCCUGCGAUAUGACCACGUGCAGAACUCACAAGGAGUACCCUUUCCAUGCAGAAUACUGAAGAUCAUUUCCUGCCUUUCUCCAGGCUUCUCAGUUAUGCUUUUGCUGUUGCCUACGAGUUGUCUACAUAGCUUUCUUGCUGCAUCAGACCUUCCUUUAGUUUUUCCCCACAAAGACGAAGUAUAUGUAUUCGGUGACUUUGUGCUAUUUUCUUUAUUUUGGAAGAAGGAAAUGCUAAAAUGGUUCUGAAGAGCACGCUUUGUGGACUAGUAGAUUGUCUUUGCCAAACUGCAUGUCUGGAACUGGUAAGCAGAGAACACUGAGAGUUUGAACUAGCAGUCAAUUUUGUUUUGAAAUACUGUGAAUUGGAGCUAGUGACUUUUGUUGUCUGGAAGGACCAGGCUAUGGCAGAUGCUACGUAAUGUGAGGUCUGCUUUUUGCCCAUUACUUUUGGAUUUGGUUUUGUUUCUUUUUGUAACACUCCAUGUUUGGUUUUUUCCCUCUAAUUGGAUGUACAAGUUGAUUUUUAAGUAUAGCAGUUUCUACAUGAGUAGCUCUUCAAAAAGUCUGUGGGUUCUGGUUUCUUGAUGAUCUAAAAGUGUUGGUUUUGCUUAUAAUAAAACAUAGUUUCAUUGCCAUGUAUAAUGAGGUGGUUAUUUCAGCGAUGCUCUAAUGGGUAGCAAAGCUGGAGUUAGCUGUAUUGUAUCAGCUGUCUCUAGAGAUUACACAAAAGCUAGGAAAAUUACUGUCCCCCAAGAAAUCAUCUGGUAUCAGUGUUACUUCUCACAUUUAUCCUGCUGGGUCUAUGCUGUUCUGAUGCUAAUACACAUUUAGAACACGCGAGUGUGAUGAACCUGUGGCCAUUGAGUCUACUUGAGCCUUUGUUUUAAAUAAAGCUGUGUCAAUAUAUCUGACAGCUAAUAUACUAAUGUUUAAAUAUGUCUCUAUUUUAUUGAAGUGAUAGUAUAUUUUGGCUACUAGAAAACUUAAAUUAAAUUUAGCCUGCUCAGUAUCCUAGAGGAUUGUUUAGUAAGUAAGCAGUAGAAAACAUGCCAUUUCCAAGCAAGCAGCACACAAGGCAGAGGCAACUGCUGUGCUAGUGCAAGCAAGCAUUUGCAAAUGAAGUAAAAAUGAGCUUCCAAGAAAAUUCUGUAUCAUGAGCUAGCAGAUCAGAAACUUACCUGCUCUGUUCUGAGAGGACAGAAACGUAGACUUAUACCUGAAUUUUUACUUUUUUUGAGGUGUGUUGUUCCUUGGGAUUUUUACAGUUUUCACAACACUUGCAGGUAAUGGUUUUUAAGUUAUUGCUUUCCAAGGGCUUCUUAAGACUAUUCAGAAAAUGCAUUUGGGCAUCUGCAAAAACAGUGGCUUGUGUUGAGGAGACUUUCAUGUGUGUGCUUGUAAUUGGCUCUGAAGGAUGCUGUGUAGGCCUGGCAAAAAGAGGGUUCUUUCUGAACAUAAGGAAUGGAGGCACCAUAACUGCUAAUGCAUAACACCCAAGUGUUAAACAUAAGGUGGGAUUCUGAUUCCAUAAAUGCAUAGCAUACCUUAAAGGAACUCAGCUACAUUCAAAUGUGCUGUCAAUGCAGUUGCUCUUACACUGUUUGCAGAGUAGGUGGUUUGUUUCCUGGUACUGAUAAAAAGGUGCUAAAGAGUCAUACUCAUUUAAAAUGUUUCUUUCUGUUAAAUAUUAACCAUGUAUAUUGAGAGAACAGAUAUUUUUAUCUUCAAAUGCUUCUUUUAAAUCUUUCCACUGUCACUGGGGCCAGACUUUACAUGCAACUUAUUUUUUUGUCAGAAUAAUUUACAAUAGGCUGAACAGAAAAGAUUGGAGUAACUUAAAAUACAAGAAGGAGAGAAAUAAUGUCUGACUCUAAGCAAUGUUCUCUAAUGCUGUUUCUUCUAACAUAAAUUGAUUAUAAUCACUUGAAAUUCUGGGCUUAAAAGCAUGUACAAAAACCUUCAGCUCUGCAAGUGUUUUUGUAUAUCUGUAAUCUGAUAAAUAAAAUC